AUGAAGUCAGUAACCCGGGCGUGUGUUAUUGAUGGGAGCGGGCGCGGGCGGAGGACGCACGGAAAGUGGGUCAGGAGGGGCGCCAGUCGCGCGGCACUGCGCCCUCAGCCUCCAGCCAUGGCGGACGCGCCGCCAGAAGUCCUCGAGCUGAACGUAGGCGGCGUGCACUAUGCCACUACACGCGACACGCUGUUGCGCGAGCCGGACUCGCUACCCGCUGCCGCGCUCCGCGAUCCGGAUCAUCCCCGCGACGCGCGCGGUCGCAUUUUCUUUGAUCGCGACGGCGUCCUCUUCCGCUACGUACUUGACUACCUUCGAGAUGGUGGCCUCGUCUUGCCGGAAUGCUUUCGCGAGCAUAAACGCCUGUCGCGCGAAGCCAAACACUAUAGGUUAGUGGGUCUGGAACAUGCAGUACGGGAAGCCGAUCCGCGACCGCCAAACCGGGAACGUGGCUGUAUAACCGUUGGCUAUCGCGGUAGCUUUGCCUUCGGCCGUGAUGGCCUUGCUGAUGUCAAAUUCCGCAAGCUGUCGCGUAUUUUGGUAUGUGGAAAAGUAACACUAUGCCGGGAUGUAUUCGGUGAGACACUGAAUGAAUCCCGUGAUCCAGAUCAUGGGCUUGCGGAUAGAUACACAUCACGAUUCUUCCUUAAACAUUCUUUCAUCGAACAAGCUUUCGACAUGUUGCAAGAGCAAGGAUUUAAACUAACAGCUAGCUGCGGAAGUGGAACGGCUGGCGGCGCGGCAGAACUGAAACCUGGUGUUGAUUCCGAGGAGAACCGCUGGAAUCAUUACAAUGAGUUUGUGUUCGUACGCGAGUAAUAUCUCUAUCUAUUGUGAUACUGGAUCCCCUAACAAUAUUUGGGGCGCAAUGCUUCUGUGGAUCAGCCACAAAGAUUAUAUGAAACGUUUAAAAGUAUCCACAGGUAACCAGACUAUAUAUAUA